CGGCGCCAUACACAGCUACCCCAACCACUCCAUCAGCCGGAUACUUAUUAUUUAAUGUUCUUUAUCUGAAAUAUUAUCAAAAAUAAAAUAAAAUAAACAAUAAUAAUCAUAUCACUAGAACGAUGCCCUCCUUAUUCUCAGACCCAACCAAAGCCAAGGAACUGUUCACCAAACCACAGACAGCGGUGACUGAUUGGAUCGAAAGGAUUUGUGAUCCAAACAGGGACUCAGCCCAAAACGACCUCAAUGGAUUCAUAAUCGAAUUGGUCGAGUCUAUCAACUUACAGCCCACUGGUCCCGAGGAAGCCAGUCGGGCCAUCCGGAAACAACUCAAACAUGGCAGACCGACCCAACAGGCCAAGGCUCUAACAAUCCUCGAAGCACUCGUCUUGAAUGGAGGCAGUCGAUUUAAAUCCACAUUUGCCGAUGCACGAUUGGUGGAAUGUUUCAAAGGCCUAGUAUCAGAUCCGAGGACUGAUUCUAAAGUGAGGCGUAGGCUGCUGAUAAUGAUGGAAGACUGGGAGAAAGCUUAUGGCUCAGACGCCAAUAUGAUCGUGGCAGCUAGCCUAUUCAAGACCUGUGGAGGACGGGCGAAGUUGGAAAAGCUCUCACCCUCAUCCUCAUCCACUCAGCGCAAAACAUCCACCCAACGUUCAAUGAUCACCGGCAUCGACAAGCCUCCAUCGACCGGCCUGGAGCCAACCCCCUCAAUCUCUAAAGCCCAACUCAAGAUGCAAAAGAAGCAAGACAAAAAACGCAAAGAAAAGCUCAAAUCUUCUCCUAUCGAUCAGCGCUACCGGACGGAAUUGGUUUUACCUGCCUCAGAUUCGUCUUCUCUACUGGCAUUCGAUUUAAUUAAGGAAAAGCCCCGAAUCUUACAGGCCGUUGCUUCUGCUUCUCAAAGUGCCAACAACUUGGUCAAUCGACUCCAAUUGAUUGGUCCGGAUCAGGUCGCACGUGAUCUUACGGUUGGAGGACUGGUAGAGAAGGCCAAAGCGUCACAGAAAGCUCUGAUUAGAUAUAUUCAAAUCGUUUCCGAGCAUGACUCAGAGGGUGAAUAUCUUGGUACUUUAUUGAAUACAAAUGCACAGGUGGUGACAGCCUUAGAGUUAUACGAGGACCUGAGUCAAUCGAAGCCCGAAAACAGCCAAGUUGAUCGACUGGCAGACCGGCUCACGAAGGCCAAGGUCACGACCCCACAACCGACCAGUCAGUCGGAACCGAAUCUGUUUGAUGACCAGAAUUACGCCGUCGACACUCCCGCCGAACAUCCGGCAUCCCCGGCGGCAGAUCUCCUGGGCCUCGACUUUAACCAGACGGCUCUCAUGGACGGCCGGGACAACCUGCCAGCCCCCUUGGUCCCGAACUCGGUCGGCGGGACCCGCGAGGCCCAGCCAAAUUACGAGCCCGGCACGCUCUCAGACUAUUCGGACUUCGACGACUCGGCAUCUUCGAGCGAUGAUACAACUGAGGAAACUACUGGCUCGACUAAAGUCUCCCCUCCAACUACUAAUAACCCGUUCCACCAGUAUCUCGCUCCCACUUCUGCGGAGACACACCCUUCUCUCUCAAGCGAUCUUGAUCAGAAGGAGCCCUUGGAUCCAUUUGCUGAUCCGUUUGCAGACACUAGCGCCAGUGUUGCUACGACCCAUAACUCUUUGAUAACCUCUAGGGUUGUCUGAUCUGUGUGAUUCCGGUAUCUUCUUCAUAUCUCCUCCCCCCCCCUUUUAUUUUAUCAUCAAUCAUCUCAACUGCAUGACUCAAUCACAAAACAAAAUACCCUCAUCAAUGUUGUACUUGUUCUACGAAACUAUAAAUACGCAUACAACACACGCAUUCAGAUACCAAUCUUCUUUUUUCUCUCUCUCUAUCUAUCUCUUCUUGCAUCCUUCAUGUAUUCAUUUUUAUCGAUUCCGCCGCCCAAGAUAACCUUGCUUAUGAUAACUGCUACCUCGAUCCAUCAUCUCUUCUCAUUCUGAAUAUCUCCGCACUUAUUGUUUCUCUCCCCUUAGACAUAUAAUUAUGUAUACCUGGUUCUAUCUAGAACCGUCAUGCAUCUUUAUUCGAAUCCAUUCCACCCUUUCUGCUUUCCUCUCUAUAUAGAGCUACAUCCAUUCUACUUUUUGGUUUCCUGUUGUUUUUCUUUCCCUUGGCUUGUAAGCUCUACUCAUGUAUGUAGCUCGUUCUCAAGCAUGCACAAUCUAUUUCACUGAUUUGGUUAUCAUAAAUACAUCUUUCAUGAAACUACGAUCGGUCGAUUGAUUAGGGUUUCUUCUUUUUUUUUUUAU